AAACUAAGUAAUUGUUCCAUAGAUAAAAGUAAACAGUACAUAAAACUGCGGAAAAAAGGCACAUUGCUUUGCUGGAUUCUAUUCAUUGUUUGACAAUUAUUUUUCUAAUACUUUCUUUUCUAUAUAUAAAAUAAGGGCUAAAAUGCAUGAAAGUCUAAUUCCACAUCUCAAAUGAGAAACUAAUGAUAAAUACUGAAAAAUGGUAGCUUGCAGUUUCAAACUAUCUUUUAGUUGGUUUCUCUCAUCAGAUUGUUCCUCUGACAUUUGUAGCCAGUGGGACCCAAUCCUUGCUGAAGCAGUGAGACCUUGCCUCAUACCACUUGAGCUUCUGGAUCACAUCACAUCAUCCUUGUUUCCAGUGGACCCUGGGUUACCAUGGUGACGCUCAAUCCUCCUGCAUAAAAGAAAGUCAGCUUCCUUGCAGACAUUCGGUUUUGACAGGCAGCGCAGCACCAAUGCCUCUGAAGUCCUCCGAUGAGAACCGAACCAGCUCUGCGUUCUCCUCCAAGCUGAGUCCAGAGGCUGAUCUAUGCGUAGGACUUGGCAUCGUCUCUGUGGUUUUGCUCUCUGUUGUGGGAAAUGGACUGGUGUUGGUCAUCUGUUACCGCAAGAGAAAGAAGAUGUCGGGCUCGGAGCUGCUGUGCAUCAACCUGGCUGUGGUGGACUUCCUCUGCUGUGUCUGCUUUUACCCAUUCUCCAUUGUGUCCUCGUUCCAUCACGUGUGGCUGGGAGGAAACAUCACCUGCAUUUACUACGGACUCGGCUGCUACAUCUUCGGCUUGUGCGGCAUGUUCACCAUCACCGCCAUCAGCAUCAUCCGCUACCUGAAGACCUGCUACAGUCUGGCUCACAGUUUUUGGCUGAAAGCUACUAAUAUCCGGCUGCUUUGCUGUGUCAUCUGGCUGGUUUCUGCAGUUUGGUCCAGCUUUCCCCUGUUUGGCUGGGGCGAGUACGUCCCUGAGCCUUACGGGCUGUCCUGCACCGUCGCCUGGAGGGGCUAUCAUACAUCAACAAAAGACGCCUUCUAUGUCAUCUGCUCCUUUGUGUGCUUUACUCUGGUUCCAGCUCUCUUCAUUGUGGUGUCACAGUGCAGCAUCCUCUACAAGGUGUCUCGCUUCUCCUGUGAACUGUCCGCAAAAGGCAUCCGAAACAACCUGCGUCACGCUGAAAAGAGGAUAUCCAUGAUGUUUUUCUGCAUCAGUUUUGGGUUCGUGAUUGCCUGGGCGCCUUACGCAGUUGUGUCCUUCCUCUUCAUAUUCCACAAAGAGCCCCGCUACAUGGCGCCGGAGGGUUUUGUCCUCCCGGCUCUUUUUGCCAAAAGCUCGCACAUCUACAACCCGUUUAUCUACUUCUACUUCAACAAAACUUUCCAGCAGGAGCUGCGCCGCUUGCUCCUGGCAUCCUACCACAAACUGACGGGAAACCGAGUUGGAGUUCACAUUUCCACGAGCCAGCAGGCCCCUCAUCCCAUCCACAUUCAGCUGCAGGAACGAGGCUGCGCCCAGAGGACAAACUUUGCUGUGUCUCACUGCAGACCCAAUGAGAUUCACAGAGGUUCACACAGCAGGCAACUGUUUGCAUGCUGGGAGUCUGCGGCAAAGGACGCACAGGCCAUCAAAGACAAAGAACAGAACACAGACUGUCAGGCAGUUUCCAUGUGAACUCUGACUUCUAAUUCCAGAUUGAUAAAGGAGUUUACACUCUCGGUGUAAAGAAUCUUAAGAUUCUGUUUUUUCUGUUCAGUUGAAUGUUCAUAUGCAGCUGCAUGGAUUAGAAUGAUGAACGUCCAUCUUAUUUUCAAAAAUGUUAAAUGGGUUUUUAGGAAAUGGAAAAAAUAGUUCAUAAACUUAAAAAGCUCUUUUAUUUUUUUAUUUUUAAUGUUGUGUUUUCAUGAAUUAUGGUUAUUCUCGAUUUGUGUCAUUGAAUCAAUAGAGAACAAAAGGAGAAGUUUGUUUAGUUUCAACAUCUUUUAUGUAAGUGAAUGUCAGCAAUGCUUGUCUUCCAUUAUGUCCUGUAAUAUUUGUAUUUUUUAUGUGUUUUAAGUUAAAAAAAGUUGCAUGAAUGAUUAAAGAACCCCCAAAUCUGU